CUCUACACAUUUUGUGAGCAAACUACAGAGUAGGAAUAAUUCAUUGUUUUGUUGAAGGAGAGGCAGUGCCAUAGAUAGCAUGAAUCGUGAACAAGAAUUAGUGUCAUCUAAUUAACGAGAAUUAUAGUUCCACAAGUAAUUUCUACGCAUGCAAGACCUUUAUGUCUCUGGUACAAGGCGCAUUUAACAAAAUCUUGUCUAUUCUUUUGCUUCUCCUCUUUGUAGUUAUUGUUUUCUUUACAAUCGUUGCAAAACAAUACUACAAAUGAAUGGACAUAUUCAUGUUGUUCUAAUUAAUAACAUGAGAGCUAUUGCUCUUUUUCACCUAUAUGCUUGGUUUCUAUGCUUUUCUCAGCAGUGUUUAGCAGGCGAUACUUUGAACCAAGGUGAAAAGAUUAAAGGCAAUGAAACUACCCUUGUUUCAGCUGGUAAAAAAUUUGAACUAGGCUUCUUUUCUCCAAGUGGAAGCGCUUCUACUAUUGGGGGCACAGGAAGAUACUUAGGGAUAUGGUAUCACAUGCAAGAAGGUUCAGAACCUCAAACACAAAUAGUGGUGUGGGUUGCAAAUAGAGACUACCCAGUUGCUGUUGAUUCUACCGGAGUUUUUCAAAUAGCUGAUGAUGGGAAUCUAGUCGUAUCAGACACUUCUGGAAAAAGCUAUUGGUCAUCCGAACUCAAUGAUUCUUCCUCUUCAUCCACAAACAAAAGAGUGAGGCUCAAUGAUUCUGGGAACCUUGAGUUAGUACUAGAUGAACAAAAGGGAAUGAAACUCUGGGAGAGCUUUGAACACCCAACUGACACAUUCCUAUAUGGCAUGAAAAUGGAUAAGAAUUUGAAGUUGACUAGUUGGAGAAGCCCUCAAGACCCAGCACAAGGGAACUUCACUUUUAAGAUGGCUCAAACAAGGGACAACCGUUAUGUCAUCUCAAACCAUAACCAACUUUACUGGGAGAGUGAUGAAGUCCAAGAAGCAAAAGGGGGUGAUGACAUGAACAAUGAAGUUUACAACUUUUUGACAGCCCCGAAUCGAUCUCUCAACUAUGACAACAAGAGGCUGUUCAUAAAUUCUACUGGUUUUGUACAAUUUUUAUUACUUAAUAACCAAAAGGAUUUCGUUUCGUGGUUUCAGCCAAACACUACAUGCAUGAUAUAUAACUAUUGUGGCAACUUUGCCAGCUGUAACGACAACAGUGACAGAUUAUGCAAAUGUUUACCCGGAUUCGAUUAUCCUAGGUUUAUGUUUCCUCGAAAAGAUUACGAGGGACAGCGUGAUUCUACUCUUCAAGAUUGGAGAUGUAAUAGAAAAUCAGCAUCAUGCGGCAAAGAUACCACAUUCUUAAACUUCGUGAUGGUGAAAAUGCGAAGCCCAGAUCAACAAGUGACGGCAGAAAGUGAGUCAGAAUGCAAAUCUAUGUGCCUUAAUAUGUGUCCUAAGUGCCAGGCUUAUUCAUACACAUAUCUCCCACGGCGUGAUUCUAAUAUCUUCGCAUGUUGGAUCUGGACACAGAAUUUGACUACCCUCAAAGAAGAGUACCUUAGGGGUGAUGGUCGUAACAUCUCUGUCCGUGUAGCAAAAUCAGACAUAGCACCAACUCCAAACACUUGUGAACCUUGUGGCACCACCUUAGUCCCUUAUCCACUGAGCACUGGACUCAAAUGUGGAGACCCCACGUAUUUCAAAUUCAUCUGCAACAAUUCAACGGGUCAACUUAGCUUCCUCGUCGUCAAUGACAGUUACAGGGUCAUUAGCAUAGAACCAGUGUCAAGAAAAUUCUCCAUUCGAACCAAUUUUAGUCGUCGCUGCAAUCUACUACUUCGAGGCAAUGAAAAUCUGUUGAUUUCUUCACCUUUUAAUAAUAUCAACGAAGAUGAAUGCUCUGACCGUGUAGAGAUUAAUUGGGAACCACCGUCCGAACCCAGCUGUGUUCACUCCCUUGAUUGUCACGGUUGGAACCAUUCAACUUGCAAAGGAGAAAAGUGUCUUUGUGAUGCAAACUAUUACUGGCAUGGCAAUCUUUUAAGUUGUACUCAAAAAGCUAUAUCCCCUCCUAAUUCUACUUCAGAAGAGCCAUCGAGAAAAGGAAGUCCCAAAAGCUUACUGUCUUUGAUUCUUGGUACAACUCUAACAGGAGUGGUUACUCUAGCAUGCAUAAUUGUUUUUGCUUAUGCAUGCAGAAGGAAAAUAGCUCUUGGGCUUAUGAAAGACAGGGAACACAUAAGGAGAAAUAGAGGGCGCUUUUAUGAUAGUGAAAGACAUGUGAAAGAUUUGAUAGGCAGGGAGGCAUUGGAAGAAAAAGACAAUGAAGGCGUAGAGGUCCCUUAUUUUGAUUUUGAGAGCAUACUAGAAGCUACAAAUCAUUUUUCAAAUGCAAAUAAAAUAGGGAAAGGGGGCUAUGGGCAAGUUUACAAGGGUAAGCUUCAAUGUGGGGAAGAUAUUGCAGUAAAGAGACUUUCAGUUGUUUCAUCACAAGGUUUACAAGAAUUCAAGAAUGAGGUUGUUUUAAUUGCCAAACUUCAACAUCGGAACCUUGUUAGACUAAGGGGCUAUUGCAUAAAGGAAGAUGAAAAAAUUUUACUUUAUGAAUAUAUGCCUAACAGGAGCUUAGACUCAUUUAUAUUCGAUUCAACAAAGAGUGUACUUUUGGAUUGGCCAAUGCGUUUUGACAUAAUUCUUGGAGUUGCUCGUGGGUUGCUUUAUCUUCACCAAGACUCAAGACUGAGAGUAAUUCACAGAGAUUUGAAAACCAGCAACAUUCUUCUAGAUGUGGAGAUGCAACCAAAAAUUUCUGACUUUGGAUUGGCUAGAAUAUUUGGAGGCAAAGACACUGAGGCAAGCACACAGAGGGUAGUGGGAACUUUUGGAUACAUGCCUCCUGAAUAUGCAUUAUAUGGACUUUUCUCAACCAAAUUGGAUGUUUUCAGCUUUGGUGUAGUCCUGCUUGAGAUUAUCAGUGGAAAAAGGAACACAGGAUUCUUUAAGUCUAAUGAAAGUUCAAGCCUUUUGGAUCAUGCUUGGAGAUUAUGGAAAGAGAAUAGGUUAUUGGAUUUAAUGGACUUGUCCCUGCAUGAAACUUGCAAUGCAAACCAACUUAUUAGGUGUGCACAUAUUGGACUCUUAUGUGUACAAGAUGAACCAGAUAAUAGGCCAACCAUGUCAAAUGUUGUGAUAAUGCUUGAUAGUGAAACUGCAUCUCUCUCAAAUCCUAAACAACCAACCUUCUUCAAGCGUAGAGACCUAUCUAGCACAACUUCUUCAAGUUUGCAGUUGAGAGUAGCAUCCUAGAAGGUCGAUAGAGCAUGAUAGAGGCUCAAACUGGGUACUCCAGGAUCAGAAUUGUUUGUGAUGUUUAGCCAGUUUAUUGUACUUCAUAACCUCAACUUCAUAUUCAUGUAUAUUUGAACACAAUUAUGGUAUGGCAAUGUUAAUUGGCAGUGUAUCUAGCAUAAGAAUAACAUUGGAAGGAAAUUUCUUUCUUCCUAGGGAUGUUUUUUUUUUUUAUACAAGCAGUAAUUUAUACUACU